AUGUCUCGAAAUAUAGGAGAUUUUACUUUUAAUUCUAACGAAUGCAUUGGAUAAGGAACUCUAGGGAAAGUAUGAUUAAUUUACAUAAAAUUAGUUACAUAAAGGGACCAAUAAAAAGAAUAACUAGGAUGUUGUACUUCGUUUGUUAUAGAAAUCAUUAUUGAAAGAUGACAACAUAAUGUCAGCAGCUUUGACAGAAGAAAUGGCACUUAUGCAAAAACUUAAGCAUCCAAAAAUAAACCCAAUAAUAGAAGUCAUCGAGUCAUAAACAUUUUUCUAUGUUGUUUGUCCUUAUCGAUAAUCUAAUUUGCAAACGUAAUAUUCAUAUAUAUAAUUAGAAUUCUUUAAAAGCAAAGGAAAUUGCCUGAAGCAGAAACAAUCAAACUUAUUAAUGAUCUUAUUGAUGGAUUUUCAGAAUUAAUUAAGCAAGGUAUAAUCCAUAGAGAUUUAAGACCUAGUAAUAUCCUUUAUGAUAAUGGAUCAUAUAUUAUUUCAGGUAUAAAUUAAUAUAAUAAAACAUACAGAUCCUGGCUUUUUAAAGACUAUAGAAAGUUUUAAGAAGGACAAUAAGACUAAACCACAAUAAUUUUAUUAUUCUGCACCAUAGGUACUUGAAAAUAAAUCUAAAUAUUCAAAUAAAUGUGAUAUAUGGUCAUUGGGUGUUAUUAUUUAUGAAUGUCUAACUGGAGUUUUACCUUUUCCUACUUCUAGUUUAGAUGAGUAUUUAAAAAGUUGUCGAUCUAAAAAGGUGGAAUUUCAAUAGGGUUCUAUAUCUGGAGGAAUGAAAUCAUUUAUUGAAGGUUGUUUAGUUUACUAGGAAGGUAAUUUAAAUGUAAAUAAUGUUAGAGAAAAGAUUUGAUUGGACAAAAGUAUUGUCUCAUCCAAUAAUAAAUGCUAAAUUAUAAAAUAAGAAUUAAGAUAUUGUAAAAGAUAAUAAGAAAUAUUUAAUGACUUAAAUAAGAUAAAAGAUAAUUAAAAAGAAUUUAGAUUUAUAGGAUGUUUAUUAAAAAAUAGAUGCAAAUCAUAAUGGAUUAUUAGAUUUUGAUGAAUUUACUACAUUUAUAAGUAUGAUAGAUAAGAAAGUAACAAAAGAAGAUUGUUAUUACAUAUUCUAAUAAAUAGAUAAAGAUGGAAGUAAUAGUAUUUCUUUUGAUGAAUUUAAAUUAUGGAUUAGUAGUAAUAAUACUAGAAUGGCAUUUUUUAAGAUUAAUAAACCAGAUAAUUUAUAAAAUAAUAAACUAACACAAUAACCUAAAAAUAUUAAUUAAUAAUAAGAAUUUAUAUUCUAAUAAUAAUAGAAUUAGAUUAAAUAGUAGACACCAUAUUAAUAAUAAUAAUAAAUGAAUCCAUUUUAAUCACCAUUAAAUUAAUAAUAAUAAUAAUAAUAAUAAUAAUAAUAAUAAUAAUAAUAAUAAUAAUAAUAAUAAUUAAUAUAAUAAUAACCUAUUAAUUAUUAAUAAUAAUAAUAUUAAUAAUAACCAAUAGGUUAUUAAUAACCAUAAAAUUAGUUUCCAAUUAAUUAAAAUCUACCUCUAUAACAAUAAUUUUAUCCCUAACCUUAACCUUAACCUUAAACUCAAGUUUUUCCUUAAACAUAAAUGAAAAGUUCAGGGUCUAUUCCUGCUGGUGCAGGUUUUGGUAGAAGUGAUAAAUUAGAAAGAACAAUUCUUAUGAUAAGAAAUGUUAUCAAAUCAAAAUAAAUGGAUGUAUUAACUUUAUUUUAAUAAUUUGAUUUUGAUAAAGAUAACUUCUUAAAUUUCUAAGAAUUCAGUUAAUUAAUUUGGAGUUUAAAUAAUUAAUUAACAGUUGAAGAAAUCGCUGAUUUAUUCAAAAUAUUUAAUUUGAAUAGUGAUGAAUAUGUAUCAUUUGUUGAAUUCAGAUUAGUAGCAAGUAUGGCAAAUGAUAAGAAAUAAAACGUAUAAUACCUUCCAAUGUAUUAACCUAUUUAAUAAAAUAAUAAUUUUUAAUAAUUCAAUCCACCUUUUUAAGGAUAUUAAAUUCCCUAUCAAAAUCCAGCAUAAUCACCAAAUAUUCCAAUGAUAGGAAAUAAUUAAUAACCAAUUCAAAACAAUUAUUCAAUGAAUAAAGAUUAAUAUUUUACACCUUAACCCUAUUAAAAUAACUAUCCUACUACUCAAUUAGGAAAUAACAAUAAUAAUAAAAAUAUUAAGAAAUAGAAUGAUGCCUCUCAAUUGGAUAUAUUGAGUACUAAAUAAGCUAAAAAGGAUAACAAGAAAAAAGAAAGAGAAGAAAGAGAAGCUAAAAGGAAAUAAUAACAUUCAUUCUCUCCUAAAGAAGAAAAACCAAAAAAACAUUUGGAAGAACCAUUAAGACCUCCUAUGUUAACUAAAUAAGAUAAAUAAUAAUCAAUUUUAGAAACACCUAAAUAUCCUACAGAAAAGAUUGGAUCAUAAAAUAAAAUACCUUCACCUCAUCCUUCACCUAGACAAGAUAAAAGAAAAGUAGAAUAACCAACUGUUACAUAUGCAUAACCUAAAAACUAAGAAGAAAAUUAGAAUUAGUAAAAGGCUUCACCUCUAACUUGGUAUUAACCAAAAUAUAUGACAGAUUACAAUUAUAAUACAAUAGGUUCUAAAUUGGAUCAAGAAUUAGCUGAGAGUACUAACCUAAUACAAAAUUCAUCAAUUCCUAAUUUUAAUAACAAACCUUAUAGGAAAGUAUUAGAUGAUAAGAUAGACAAGUUUUAUUAUUCACGUAGAUGAA